AUGUGUAAUGUAAGUAACUCUCAGAUGGCCCCCGCCUCUCCCUCCCCUCCCUGCAGGAAGUGUUGUGUAGGAAUGAAGCAGAGCAACCCGUGAAGUUACUGGAAGUUUUGCAGGGAGCGAAGAACCAAGGACGAAACCCAGUGGCAUCGAGAUACAGAGGAGGCUCAGGCUGUCAGCUAUGGGGCUCAAAGUGCAGUGAAGGGAUGGAGCUGCUGCCAUGGCUUUGGGGGCUCUUCUCCCUCCUUGUGCAUGGGGGUCUCUGUGGAGAAGUCUGCACCGGAACAGAUAUGAAACUGCUUCAUCCUUUCAGCCAUGAUAAUCAUUAUAAGACUUUCCGCACUCUCUACCAGGACUGUCAGGUUAUACAGGGGAAUCUAGAGAUUACCUACCUGGGAGAGAACGAUGAUGUAUCUUUUUUAAAGGACAUUAAGGAAGUGCAGGGCUAUGUUUUAAUAGCACACAACCUGCUGAGUUACAUCCCCUUGGAGAACUUGCGCAUUAUCCGUGGAACACAGCUGUAUCAGGAACGUUAUGCCCUAGCUGUAUUGUUUAACUCACAAUCUGGAGGAACCGCUGGCCUGCGAGAACUGCGCAUGAGAAAUCUGACAGAGAUCCUGAAAGGUGGGGUGAUCAUGGUGAACAACACCGAACUGUGCUUUCAUGAUACCAUCAAAUGGCAGGAUAUCAUCAGCCAGAACAACAUCUUUUAUAAGAACAUGAUUCUACAAAAUGACAGCCGUCAAUGUCCUCCAUGCUCCACCAGCUGUGGCAGUGCCCCCUCAGGAGCAGCUGGGUCAUGCUGGGGAGAGGGCACAGAGUACUGUCAAACUUUGACCAGCAUUAUCUGCCAAAACGGCUGUCAGAGGUGUCAAGGGAUUAAGUCCGCUGACUGCUGCCACGAGCAGUGUGCAGCUGGCUGUACUGGGCCUAAGAACUCGGACUGUCUGGCUUGUCGUAAUUUUAACCACAGCGGUAUUUGUGAGCUGCACUGUCCACCACUUAACAUAUAUAACACAGAGACAUAUCAAUCUGUAGUCAACGAGAAUGGACGGUACACUUUUGGAGCAAGCUGCAUCAUCAGAUGUCCUUAUAACUACUUGGCUACCGAAGUUGGUUCCUGCACCCUCCUUUGCCCACAAAACAAUCAGGAGGUAAUUGUGGGAGGUGUACAGAAGUGCGAAAAAUGCACCAACCAGUGCAGUAAAGUUUGUUACGGGCUAGGAAUGGACUUCUUGAAGAUGGUCCCGGCUGUUAAUUCCACCAACAUUCAGUUUUUUCGAGGAUGCACCAAAAUAUUUGGGAACCUGGUAUUCCUUUCUGAAUCUUUCCAGCUGAAUUCGACUGAGGGCAUCAGACCACUUUCUUUGGAGGACUUAGAAGUCUUCAAUACCCUCCAGGAAAUAACAGGAUAUAUAUAUAUAGACUCCUGGACUGAAGAACUUGCGAAUCUCAGUGUGUUUGAAAACUUGCGUGUGAUUCGCGGGCGACUCCUUCACAAUGGGGCAUAUUCAUUGGUCAUUCGCAAUCUUUCCAUCUCUUCACUCGGCUUGCGGUCCUUGAACGAGAUCAGCAGUGGAUUGGUGCUUGUAGAGGGAAACCCUAAUCUCUGCUUCUUGGAUACUGUACCCUGGCCAAAAAUAUUCCAAAAUUCCAGACAGACUAUUCUAAAGACAAGCAACAAACCGCAGGCAGAGUGUGAGCAAGAGGGACAAGUGUGUUUUCGCCUGUGUGCCAAUGCAGAGUGCUGGGGCUCUGCCCCAUCCCAGUGUGUCUUAUGCGAUGGCCUGCUACGUGGCCAUGACUGUGUGGACUCUUGUAAUGUUGAGGAAGGUGAUCCCAGGGAAGUGGUUAAUGGAAGCCAGUGUAUAACAUGCCACCCAGAGUGCAUGCCACAGAAUGCAUCGAAGACAUGCUUUGGACCGAACGCAGAUCAGUGUGUCGCUUGUGCCCAUUACAAGGAUGGAGUCACCUGUGUUAAUCAAUGCCUGAGCGGAAAAAAGGUGGACUCCUUUGUGCCCAUUUGGAAAUACGCAGACAAAGAGGGGACCUGCCAGCUGUGUCCUGUUAACUGCUCCCAUUCGUGUGAUAAGCAAGAUGAGAAAGGAUGCCCUAUCAUUGUAAACAACAGCCAUACCUACAUGAUAGUAGCAGUGGUGGGCAGCAUAUUUCUCACGUUAACAGUUGUAACCAUCAUUGUGUUGGUUGUCAAGCGCAGGAAGCAUAUGAAGAAGAAACACACCUUACGGCGCAUCCUUCAGGAAAAUGAGUUGGUGGAACCCUUAACCCCAAGUGGAGCCAUGCCGAACCAGGCACAGAUGAGAAUCCUCAAGGAGACAGAGCUGAAGAAGAUGAAGAUAUUGGGAUCUGGCGCAUUUGGGACAGUGUAUAAGGGCAUCUGGAUCCCAGAUGGUGAGAAUGUAAAAAUUCAAGUAGCCAUCAAGGUGUUGCGAGAGAACACAUCGCCUAAAGCCAACAAAGAGAUCUUGGAUGAAGCUUAUGUCAUGGCAGGGGUAGCGAGCCCUUAUGUGUGCCGUCUGCUGGGAAUCUGCCUUACAUCCACAGUACAGCUCGUUACCCAACUUAUGCCGUAUGGCUGUCUACUUGAAUAUGUGCGAGAAAAUAAGGAUCGCAUUCUAUCCAGAGACCUUCUCAACUGGUGUGUGCAAAUUGCCAAGGGCAUGACCUAUCUAGAGGAUGUCCGCCUGGUGCACAGAGAUUUGGCUGCAAGGAACGUAUUGGUCAAAAACCCAGCACAUGUAAAAAUCACAGACUUUGGCCUUGCACGAUUGCUGGAUGUGGAUGAAACGGAGUACCAUGCAGAUGGUGGCAAGGUUCCCAUUAAAUGGAUGGCUUUGGAAUCUAUUCUGCAUCGGAAGUUCACGCAUCAGAGUGAUGUAUGGAGUUAUGGGGUUACUGUGUGGGAGCUUAUGACCUUUGGAGCAAAACCAUAUGAUGGGAUCCCAGCUCGAGAGAUUCCAGACCUUUUGGAAAAAGGAGAGAGACUCCCACAGCCACCUGUGUGUACCAUAGACGUAUAUAUGAUCAUGGUAAAAUGCUGGAUGAUAGACUCGGAGUGCCGACCCAAGUUCCGCGAGCUAGUCACAGAGUUUUCCCGUAUGGCUCGUGAUCCAAAGCGUUUCGUGGUAAUUGAGGAUGAAGAGCUCAUGGCCCAGGCCAGCCCAUUGACCACCCAGUUUUAUAGCGCUCUGUUGCAGGACGCAGGCGUUGAUGGUUUAGUGGAUGCUGAGGAGUAUCUGGUUCCCCACCAGGGAUUCUUUGGCUCUGAGGAUACUACAGUGGAACACCGCAGUAGAAUAUCAUCCACACAGAGUACUCAAGAGACACAGAUAGACCAAGUGCUGAUGGAAAGACUAGACCCAGUGGCACCUCUGCUGGCUCGCACUAUGUCCAAUGAGUCAUCUGCCUGUAGCUCUGAUGAUCUUAGUGAGGGUGACUAUGUAUUUGAUCCUCCACACCCCAAAGAGAACAGUCACCUGCGUAGGUACUAUGAGGACCCCACACAACUUGGAGAAGACACGAUAGAUGGAAGGGGGCUGGAGCCAGAUGGCUGUGCAUCACCAGGAUCCCCGGCAUACCCACCAGCAGAAUACGUGAACCAAAGAGAACCAAACAGAAGCCGCUCACCUGUAAAGACGCCAAGAACAUCAGUGUCCACUCUGGAAAGGCAAAAGGGACAGCUGUGCUGGAAUGGCUUGGUGAGGGAGCCAAGGAGCCCAGUAGCAGUUGCUGCUGUGGAAAAUCCAGACUAUCUUCCUCCUCCGAGACUACACUUAAACUGUUUCCCUCAAGCCUUUGACAAUCCUUAUUACUUUAAUCAUGAACUCAAUGCAGCAAGGGCCGAAGGCGAACCUAACCCUGGACCGAACGGAUUUACUACUCCUACUGCAGAAAACCCAGAGUACUUAGGACUAGACGAGGCAAUGAUAAGGCCUCGGGAUGUGACUGCGUAAAGGAAUCGGGACUGAGUCACUCGGAUAUAGGCAGCUGUUUUUGAAGAAGGCACCAUGAAAAGGGAAAAAAAAUAUGAAUUAUUGUCUCCAAAACAACCUCUUUUGCUCGAUGCAAUCAUUGCUGCCAGACACAUUCAGUUGACCAAUCAGAAACGGUUGUGGUUGGUAAACUUUGGACAGAUAAAGAAGCCUAGUCCUGAAUUCUUCAUAGAUAUAACCUGUAUAACACAGGAUCUAGGUUACAUCCUAUAAAUUACCCACCGCAUCUAGAAACUUCUCUGGAAUUUGAGCAGGUGUUAUCUCUUGGGUUGCAUUGAGUCUAAUGCAUGCCAGAAAUAUGACCAGGCUACUUUUAAACCAAACACUUCAUGACUUUUAAAAGUAAAUGAAAUGAGAGGACUCCCUCCAUUACAAUAAAAUAUUGCAUAGGUUUUGUAAGAUCUACAUGAAAUGUAAUAAGCAUACCUACUACAUUUCCUUUUGGUAAAUCAAUGUAGCUUAUGUUUUUUCACACUCUAGUAUUGAUACAGGAUUUAAAAAUCUCCAUUAUUUACUUAGGGCUUCUCUAUCUUGUAAAUAGUUAGACCAAGGAAGGCUUAAACUCCAGGUGUAAGUUAUAUAUAAAAGUUUAUGUACAAUAGUGUCAUGAAUGGCUUUCCUUCAGAAACCACUUGCACCUUUUAGUUUAACAGUUUCCAACUACAGUACCUAAUGAAGUUAAAAAUUAAUUCAGUGUUAUCUGUCAUUUCAGGGGAGUGUGUAAAAACAAUGUAAAAUAUGGGUCUUAAUUAUGCAGUUCGGGAGUCCAAUAAAAUUUUAUCGUGGGUCAAAACUGAACUGCUCCACAACUGUAGCAGCUAUAAAUGAAAGUUCUCUAAUAGUACUACUAUAAAACGAGCAGUACUUUUUUAAAUUGAGGAAAUGCAAAGGUGAUUUCAUUGUCCUCCUUUCAUCUGCGAGUGAUUAGAGGGGUCAUAUUCACAUGCUGAUCCCAUGUAUAUCUUCCAACAUGACCACUUUUACCAGAUACGCUACCAGUGUGGAGGAAGCCUAAUAGGAGAAUGUAAGCUAUGAAACACACUCUAAGCAGAUCUUUGUUGGCUGAACCUAUAUAUUCACUGGGAACUAGUUUCUAGUGAAUUCACAGUCUGCAUUCUUAUAAAUAUUGAAUGAACGAAGGAAACGUCUGCCACCACUGUGAGAAUAGCAUGCCUCUCCUAGUGAAUAGACUGCAGACUCCCACAUACUGGGUCAUCCCACAAUAAGACUGGCUCUACCGCCUGCAGGACGUAUUGUGAGGAUACAGAGGUUACAGUACUAUUAGGGGUAAACCUUACAAUAAUAAUAUUUCUGAUCACAGAAGUCAUAGAUUUUCUUAACGUUAAAAGAGCUGGUUUGGGCUAGUUUGUGUAGUAUGGUUUAAAAAUGACAGAACUGGGCACAAAUUACACACUUUUGGUAAUCUUGCCAUAGUUUCCCUUUAAUCCGGGAUACCUAUGAUAUACACAGGUUCUGUGUAUAUCGGUGUAUAUCAAGCCUGCAUUUCUCCCGGUUUUAAUCAGCCGCGGAACCUUGCGCAUCCGCGUCUGAAAAGGGGCAGUCUCGGGUGGAGGGGGCAUGUAAAUCAUAGGUAUUCCAGAUUAAAGGGAUACAUAGAAACAUAGAAUUUGACGGCAGAUAAGAACCACUUGGCCUAUCUAGUCUGCCCAUUUUUUUUUAUCCUUUAGGUAAUUGCAACCCUUUUUGAACCUUAGUUCUUUGUAAGGAUAAGAUGACAAGCCUAUCAUUUUGGUGAACUGAAUUUGGUAAAGAGGACUAAUCAUUACCACUCAGUGUGGUCACUUUGUCCUUACAGAAAGCAUUAAUAGUCUUGCACUAUCACUAAUAUCUUUAUCCUUACCUAAGCCAAUCUCAUUGGCUGUGCCCACUGCACAAAUAGCACUAAGCCACAUUUACCUACAACCACUGUAACUGGCUCCACAAGAGAACAUCCUGGUAUUUUCUGUAAAGUUUAAGUAUUUGAAGUCUGUGUUGUGGUUUUGUAUUAAGUUUGUAAAUUUCAGGUUUUGUAUUUAGAAAAUAUGUUUUUAUAAGAAUGAGUUCCAAGAAAAGUUUGUUUUCUCAAGACAGCACAUUUUUUUAAUUCUUAUUUCACGGUGGGUGACUAAGAGUAAAUCUAAUACUGUUUUUAUUGUAUUGUUGAUAUUUUUAACACUAAAGAAUCUUAAAAAGGAA